AUGCUGCUCCUGAGGCCCUCACCUCUCCCUCUGAACACAUCUCGUACCGAGAUCUUACUCCAAAUCAAGGAGAAGGGUCUCUUGCGACAGCCCAACCCUAUGAAAGCUACUCAUAAAGACUGGUCCAAAUAUUACAGGUUCCACCGAGACUACGACCAUGACAUGGAAGAAUGUCGCGACCUCCAGAAUCAAAUCGAGGACCUGAUCCGAAGAGGUCACCUCGGGCACUAUCUCAAGGAACCCCGGGAAGUGACUCCACGCCCCAGGGGAUCCGUCGAAAGACAGAUCGACGUUAUCUCUGGAGGACCGGUAGCUGGCGGCAACAGCUCAACGGCGAAGAAGGCCUAUGCCCGGAGCGCGAUCGAGAAACAUCCCCGACCCGAGCUCGAGCCUGAAAUCACUUUCGGAGCCGGAGAGGUCGAGCGCUCCCAUCACGAUGAUGCUUUGGUGAUCUCCAUUCGGAUCGCUAAUGCUCGGGUCAAAAGAGUAAUGGUCGACACCGAGAGUUCUGCCGAUGUGUUGUACCUCAAUGCCUUUAAGAAGCUCGGCUUGACCAAGGAGGACCUCAACCCCAUAGCGUCAGCGCUCAUUGGGUUCACGGAGGAUUCUAUCUCCCCUCUCGGGACCACCAUCUUUCCUGUCACUAUCGGGGAAGAGCCAAGGGCCAAGACAAUAAUAACUACCUUUAUGGUAGUCAAUCUACCCUCGGCCUAUAACGUCAUCCUCGGUCGAUCGACACUUAACAAGUUGAAAGCGGUGGUGUCCACCUACCACCGGGCCAUUAAGUUUCCAACUUCGGUAGGGAUUGAGGAAUUCCGAAGCGAUCCGGGAGAAUCAAGGCGAUGUUAUCUUAUAGCAGUUACCCUCUCGGAGAGGUCAUGUCCCUGUCAAUUCUCGGAUCCCCGAGAAGGAGCCAUGGCGUCGAUGCGCUUGGAGCCCCCCGAGCAACUCACCGAGGUGCCCUUGAAAAGGAAUCAGCCCGAUUUGACUAUGAAAAUCAGGAUGGUACUCCCCGAAGCAAAUCAGCUCCAGCUCAUCGACUUCCUGAGGGAAAAUGUCAAUGUAUUUACAUGGUCCCCCAGGGAGAUGCCCGGGAUCAACUUAGGGGUGACCCAGCACCAGCUCAACAUCGACCUCGAGGCUAGGCCGGUGAAGCAAAGGCCGAGGAAGUUUGCUCCCGGCUAG